GCAAAUUGUAACCCUAGAUACGAAGCAUGAAGUACUCAAGAGCCAUCUAUUUAUCUCAAGUGUCAUGCAGUUUACCGAUCCGUUUCAGGACUACGCAUUCUCUCCUUCACGGCUUUCAUAUUCACUCUCUUCCUUCCAUCUAAUUCUCGGAUACCUCCUACGACGUCGCACGGCCUCUCUCUACAGAUACCCAUAGAUAUUAAUUCGAUUUCUCCAAUCGCGUUUUCAGUGUUUUUUUUCCGUGUUCCUUCCCUUUUGAGGAAAUCUACGGGGGACAAUUUAUGCAGCCUAGGGUUUCUAUGAUGCCGCCGCCUCCUACAACCUUCUCGGCGAAGCAAGAGUUCGACACGCCCACGAACAAUCUGUGGGUUGGCAAUCUCACCCCCGACGUGACUGAAGCCGAGCUCACCGCUCUGUUUGAAAGGUACGGCCAGGUUGACAGCAUAUCCUCUUACUCCGUCCGCAGCUAUGCCUUCGUCCACUUCAAAACCCUAAAAGAUGCCAUGGCCGCCAAGGAGGCGCUGCAGGGAACAUUGCUCCGCGGGAAUCCUCUUAAGAUUGAAUUCGCGAAACCGGCUAAGCCCUGCAAAAGCCUGUGGGUUGCUGGGGUAGGCCAGUCUGUUUCUAAAGAAGAGUUGGAGGAACUUUUUAAAAAAUUUGGAAAAGUUACAGAAUUCAAAUUCGCAAGGGACCGGAAUACAGCUUAUAUUGACUAUGCUCGAUUGGAAGAUGCAACCGAAGCACUUAAAAAUAUGAAUGGAAAGCAGAUAAAUGGAGACCAGAUUCGUGUGGAUUAUCUCAGGUCACACCCUGCAAGAAGGGAGCAAGGUCCUGACAUUCCGAAAGAGGGACAGUUUCCUUACAGAGGUGUUCCACAUACACAAGAUUAUAUGAAACCUUACUCUGGCCCAUUUCAUGCUGGGUCCAAAAGGCAACACUUUGAGCCACAAUUCCAGCCGCCUAUUGGGGGCAGAGAUUGUCAGCCAAGUAAGAUCUUGUGGAUAAGCUAUCCUCCCUCUGCUCAUAUUGAAGAUGACAUGCUUCACAAUGCAAUGAUUUUGUUUGGUGAGAUUGAGAGAAUAAAAACAUUUGAUGAUCGGAAUUAUGCGUUAGUUGAAUUUAGGAGUGUGGAAGAAGCAAUUCUUGCCAAGGAAGGGUUGCAGGGAAAGCUUUUUAAUGAUCCCAGAAUAUCUAUUGAGUACUCAAACAGUGGGUUUCCUCCGGCAAGGGAAUAUUUUGCACCCCAUCCAUCACAAGUGGGAGGCAUAUUGGAUCACAAUCACUCACUCCUUCCUAAUAAUAACAUUCAUGGGCUAUUGCCUCGUGGUAUUCACGGUUUCGAUAUGCUGAGGAGGCCUUUGGGCCUCCCUCCUCAAAUCAGGUUAGAUCAUAAUACUCCUGGCUUUGAAUAUCCUAACGUGGCAGCAAUACAUAAAUUGCAAGAAUCAAGUCCUCAUAAUCUGAUGGGUGGACCUGAGUGGGGACGUUCAUCACCUGUACCUGAAGCUUCUCCUACAGGUGUGCCGAAAUUACUGAACAGACCAGCAGCAUCUAGUGGUUGGGAUGUGUAUGAUGCUUCUGCUUCCCAAGUGCACAGGGAAUCUAAAAGAUCAAGAGUUGACGAUGCCUUGCCUCAUUAUGAUGUUCCGUUUCCCCCUAAAAGAUUGGAUGAUCAAAUAUUAAAAAUGGAUGAACGAUACAAUAUGGGUUCAGUUGGUAACAUUAGGGGAAGGCAUCACCCAGCAGAUGAAAGGGUUACCCCAGGUCAUGAUUAUAUAUGGCGUGGCCUUAUUGCCAAGGGUGGGACACCAGUUUGCCGUGCUCGUUGUGUUCCUAUUGGUGAUGAGAUUGAGGGUCAGAUUCCUGAUGUAGUCAAUUGCUCAGCCCGGACCGGGUUGGACCUGCUAACUAAACACUAUGCUGAUGCUGUUGGAUUCAAAAUUGUCUUCUUCUUGCCGGACAGGGAAGAGGAUUUUAGUUCAUAUACAGAGUUCCUGAGGUACCUAGGAACCAAGAACCGUGCUGGGGUCGCAAAAUUCAAUGACAGUACUACUAUGUUCUUGGUACCUCCAUCUGAUUUUCUCACAAAUGUUCUGAAUAUUGCUGGGCCGGAACGUUUAUAUGGGGUAGUAUUGGAAUUUGAACAAGCGUCUGCCAUGCCUGUACAUGCACCGCCACUGCCAAUGGACACACUUCAGCCACCUCCAUUUGUAGAUCCUCCACAGAAGAUAACAUCUUACCAUCAGACUGCGUACAAUAUGAUGCCUCCUAAGGAUUCACAAAUGGACUAUAACAAUGUUGCCUUACGAGAAGACGUGAAACUCCCUCCAAAAAUAGCUACUAAUGAAUCUGUUCCAUUGCAUGCAGCUCCCCCAAGUAAUACCACAUCAAUACCUCCUCCUCAAAGCAGUGUUACUUUAACGCCUGAACUUAUUGCAACUCUCACUUCUUUAUUACCACUUAAUAAUUCCUCUGGUUCUGAGUACAACACAACAUCUCCUACUUUAGGUCCUGUGUUAAAUAAUGUGACCGUUGCACCUCCUCCAGAAAGACAGGAUACACAGGGGUGGGGAUAUGAUCAACUAGCUCACCAUAACCCCCAAACCUACCCUUUACCACCACCCCAAGUUCAUCAUACGCUCUUCAAUGGCCCCCCCAGCCAUUCUGCUCAUGGAGUGGUUGGGUUCAGUCAAAUUCACGAGCAGCGCCCUUAUGACCUUCAAGUGCGCCCAACUGCGUCAAGUAAUGCAUUUGCCUCAACGAUUAACCCAGUACAAAGUGGGAAUAUGGUGGGCCCGUCGCAUGUUGACCAGCACAAUCCACAUGGAUCGUCUCAGGGUCCACUUAUUCAGAACCCUGGGGUUUUUGGAUCAGAUUCAUCUACAAUGUAUGGUUCCACAGUGCUUCAGCAGUCCUCUGUGUUGCCCAAUCAGGCAAUGAAUCCCCAGCCUUAUGCCAUUACAACCCCCCAGGCUUUGGGACCUGGAGGGAAUGCUGCCCCCUCUCAACAACUUAACUGUGGGGCAGGACAGGAAAGUAUUGAGUCCGAGGAAAAUAAGAAUGAGAGGUACAGAACAACAUUACUAUUUGCUGCAAAUCUGCUAUCGCAGAUUCAUCAACAACAACCAAAUAGUCAAAAUGGUCAAGGAUCAUGAAUUCAUUCAAAUGGUGCUUGCAUUCGUUCAGGUAAUUUAUCAUCACCUUGUUGUUUGGAUGAGCUCUAAUUGUCCUUGUGAUUAAAAUUAAGGUGUGUGCAUUAUCUGUCUUAGUUUGAUUUUUCUGCUGUCUAACGUCUGCAACUAAGUUGUAGGUAGCUGAAAUUUUCUUUUCUGUCCUCUUUCUUUAGAGCUAUAGCUUGUAAUGAAAUGAGCUAAAAAGAGUUCAGCACUAUAUUAAUAUUGAUACCAAUUUUUAAAUAAUUCUACCUCCAUCCCCAAAUAGAGUCAUGUUUAACCAUAUAUUAUUUUUUUGGUGGGCAACAACUGCCAUAAAUUCUAAAGCAUACUUGUAUUUUUUGGCGAAGAGUAAAUUUAUCAGGGAAACUAUAUUUACCUAUUUUUUAUUCGAUCUAUUGAGGCAUUACAUAAAAAAUUAUCUUCUUUUGAUCAAAUUCGACUCUGUUGGAGAUAAAGAUAUUGUUCGGGAUCAAGUGAGUAAUCCCCUUUUCUUCUCACUUAAAAGAAACCAGUCAAAACAGUUGGCCUCUCUCUACAUAGGCUAUUUAAACUAGUUUUGGUAGACAAUUUCUUCCAACUACCACUUGCACAUCAUAGCUAGUCCUCUUUUGAUUUAUAGAGGAAUACCAAACUCAUAUAAUCCUUGCCACAUUUAUCUCAUAUAGUCAUAUUCUGAUCUCUUAUUCCUGCGAAUCCUGCCUAAUGGAAGUCUAAAUGCACAUAUUUCAUACACAUCAUUGUUAGUUUCCAAGUGAAAUAGAAUAAUAGAUGACCAUCUUCAUAUUAAGAGUGGAGAAUGAGUUUUUUAUAUAUUUAUUAUUAUUACUAUUUUUUUUGGAAUUUUGUCUGCUCUUGUUACGAUAUUGCCAAGACCAAAUUUUUUAAAAAGUUGACGCGUCAUAUUUUUACAAUUGCAUGAAAAUAAAUGAUUGCUCUUUACCCCCUCCAUUUAUGCAAUUUUAAAUUCAUCUUAGUGUUUCCUUAAAAAAAAUCAUCUUAGUGAUAAAAUUACUAGUUAAUAUGAUGUCAUCUUGCAUUACUGUGGUUCAUAAGCUGAUUUAUUAUUAAUGUGGUAUUUAGAGAAUAAAAAUCAAAAUUGAAGUCUUUAGUUCUAUGUUUAUAUCUUUGGAAUAUAAGUGGAUUGCAUGUGCUUCCUUUGGUAAUGUGAAUUCUUGUACAGAGUUAUGUACUUUGAAAUAUUAGGGUGCCAUUAUUUGUUACUUUUUUCUCUAGUUGUGUGAGUGUGUCAGUGAAGUAUUAGCAGGCUUGGGGGUUCCUAAGGGAGACAUAUUUACAGCAUUUUCUAGUCUUGCUUGGACCUGCUCAAGUUUAUUUGAGUUGUAUGUAAAUUGAAAUUAUGCACUUCUACUGAAAU